GGGUUUUUGGAAUCUCCGGUCUUUUCCAUCACAGCUCCUAAUUACCCAAUUCCUGCUCCGAAUCUUCGGCUAGUUGAAAUCCUCGCAUUUCUUCCCUGCUCUUUGGUUGUUUGUUGCAAAUAUUGAUGGUUCAGCAGAUGAAAUCCGGGAAUCUGCUUUCAGACCUGGAAACGGCGCCGUGCCGCGACAAGAUACCGGUGAAGUUGGAGAUCGAGGACCCCCUGGAAGAAGAGCAUGGAUCCUUAUGCAAGCGCCUGAAACCUUCAUCUGAUCAAUUAGAGCAAUUGAGUGCUUCAACAAGUACAUCUAUCAGCCCUCCUUCCCAGCUCAAUAUUCUCAAUGAGCCUUGCCCUUUGGGUUUGCGGCUGCGGAAGAGCCCUUCACUGUUAGAUUUAAUCCAGAUGAAGCUCUCUCAAGGAGGUAAUCCUAUUGCAGAUACACAAAGUGAAACUGCAAGCUCUGGAGUGAAAAAUGAGAGUGGAGGUGUUGCUGCAUCUAGCACUGCUGACAAGCUUAAGGCUUCAAAUUUUCCAGCUUCACUUUUAAGAAUUGGUUCUUGGGAGUAUAAAUCAAGAUAUGAGGGUGACUUAGUGGCAAAGUGUUACUUUGCUAAACAUAAGCUUGUUUGGGAAGUCCUUGAAGGUGGGCUUAAGAGCAAAGUAGAAAUCCAGUGGUCAGAUAUCAUGGCACUUAAGGCAAAUUGUACUGACAAUGGACCUAGCACAUUGACUGUUGUGCUUGCUAGACAACCUCUUUUCUUCAGAGAGACUAAUCCUCAGCCUAGAAAGCAUACGCUCUGGCAGGCGACGUCUGAUUUUACUGAUGGGCAGGCUAGCAAGCACAGGCAGCAUUUUUUGCAAUGCUCCCCGGGGAUGUUGACCAAGCAUUUUGAAAAGCUUAUUCAGUGUGAUAUGCGUCUUAAUUUCCUAAGCCGGCAGCCAGAGAUAAUUCUAGAUUCACCCCAUUUUGAUUCAUGGCCUUCUGCUUUAGAGGAUCCCUGCAAUCCCAAAGAUCUCGAUCAAGGAUCUGCUACAUCUUGUUUUCAGCACAGAGGAUCACCUUAUGCCUCCCAAUCAUCGUUUAAGAUUGAACAUGAUGAUUGUCCCGGCUUGACAUUGGCUCAUCAACCGCAAGAAGCACCUUCCUCCAGUUCAGGGAGUGGAAGUUCUGAAACCGAUAAUAAGGGUAAAAGAAAUUUGGAUCCGAUGAUAUUUCCUGGACUCCACCCUUCUAUGUCGAUGAAUGAUUUUAUGAACCACAUCGAGCAGUGCCUUUCAGAACAAAUAACCUCCGGAAAUCCAACCUUGUCCAUUGGAAGACCAGAGUACAAGGAUAUCCUCGAGGACAUCACGCAGCAUCUGCUCAACGACAAUCAAGUUACAGCAGCCUCAGACGAGAAAUCGCUUAUGUCAAGGGUCAAUUCUCUCUGCUGCCUUCUGCAGAAGGACCAUUCAGCUGUGCAGAACUCAAAUAUAACCGAGGUAUCCACUGCUCAGGGCUCUGAAGGUGGAUCGAAGGUUCAACUUAGCCACGCUUCCGUAUCACCACAGGACAACAAAAGUACAACAAAUGUCAAGGUUUCUGAGGAGGACACAAAGGAUGUUUCUGAUGGUAAACAAGUAUCCAGUAUGUCCAGGAAAGAUUCGUUCGGAGAUUUGCUUCUCCAUCUCCCUCGAAUCGCAUCUCUUCCAACGUUCUUGUUCAACAUAUCGGAAGAGGAUAGUCACAGUCAAGCCAGAUAGUUAGUCUCAUGCUUGACCAUUGUCACUUCUCUAAAUGGGCAAGAAUGGAUGGCUAAAAGCAGGCUCGAUCAUUGUGAAAAUAUGUUACGCCUCAGAAUCCAUGUGUAAGAUUAAUUUCUGCUUUGGGAGACCAUAAGGAUUUUGAAAAUUUGUUUUGAUGAGAAAUCCUAGUAGAGUCCCCCUUGUAAAAUAUGUGUAAUAUUGGUGUUUAUGCUCCACCUUUGUAUUUCUUGUCAUCUAAAAUUAAAUCUCAGUUGUGCAGUUGUUUUUAUCUGGAUUACAUCAGUAGAUUAUAAAAUCUACAUUGAUUGCAAGCACAGUGCUAUAAUUUAUUUUUAAAA